CCCUUCUUCUUCUUCUUCUUCUUUUUCUUCUUCUCUCAUUCACACAAUGUCGUUGUCGUCGCCAGAAUCCUUCGACGCUGACGUUGCUGCGCUGGCGGGCAUGAUGCCAGAGAUGCAGUCGCAGCAGUUCAACCAGUUCACCAACGAACUCACCAGCUUCUUUGCCGAAGUCCUGGCACCCGCCGACAUUGACCCGAUGGCCGUCUCCUCCCUCGAGCUCUCCUCGCUCACUGGCACUGGCAACCCGAUGUACCACCAUCCGCAGCAGUCGUUCCAGCCGCAGCAGCUGCACCAGCACCAGCUCCAGCAUCAACUCCAACACCAGCCGCAGCGGAUGCAGCAACAGCAACAGCACGCAGGCCACUUUGCCGCCGCUGCGCAGCCCACCACUCAGUUUGUGCCGACAGCGCAGCGCGCCUUCCCAACACUGACCCCGCAGCAGCUGCAAGCACUGCGUCAGGAGCAGCAGAUGCAGUUCCAGCACCAGAUUCAGGCGCUGCAGUCAUUGCAGCAGCAGCAGCAGCAGCAGCAGCACCAGCACCAGUCGCAGUUGCCAUCCCAGCCACUCGCUCCGAGCUUCCAUCAGGCUGCUGCUGCCGUCCAGGCUCCUCCCGUGACACUGACAGACAUGUCUGUGCAGUCGCCGCAUCUGUCAAUGCAGCCGCCUCCUGCACACCAGUUUCAUGUUGCUCCUGCGCAGAGCAGCAACAGCAGCAGUGGUAGCAGUGCUGGGUUUAACGUCACUCCUGGGUUUCGAUUCGGUGGUUCGUCCGAGCCCGUCGCUGCUCCUACGCUGCCGUUCCCAAGCAUGGUCGGCGAUUUCAAGCUGAGCGAGACGACAGUCCCACCCACUCCACCUCAGCCAACCAGCAACCCCAAGCCCCGGGGCAAGCCUGCCACCGAGCAAGCCGACAUGGAACUCAAGCGCUCGCACAUUCUGUCCGAGCAAAAGCGUCGCGAUAACAUCAAAGAAGGAUUUGGUUUGUUGAAGGACGUGGUGCCGACCGUGAAGGAUUCGUGCAGUCGAGCUGCUAUUCUUAAAAAGACCGUGGACUAUAUCGAACUGCUCAAGCGCCAAAAUCGCCAGCUGGCAAACCGGUUACAGGGCCAGGCCGAGACGGAGGAAAUCUCGUUUGACGCGUUGGUCGAGGCGAUCGAAAAGAAGCUGCACAUUCGUGCCAAUGUCGGCGAAGGCGGCGUCAAGCUCAUGUACAAGGACGAAGGCCGCGUCAAGGUGGAUGUGACAUCCCAGGAGGAUUUGGACGAUGUCUUUCAAAAGUUUGCGCGCAGGCCCGGCGAGUUUGCCAAGCUGAGCCUGUACAUUAAGAAACCAGGCCACGUUGCGCCAAUAUCCACGCCGCUUGUUGCUGAGGAUGUCGAGCAGCUGGUGCUUGCGAACGACGCUCUUGUCAAUGGCGGAGGCCGCAAAUCCAGUGGCGACACGCCUGGGUACAUGCCAGCCAACUCGCCCGGGCUGACAACCCACUACGCGCCGUCUCCAGCUGGCAGUACCCAGGGCUCUGGCAACGAAGGCGAGCAGCCCAUGUCAUUGCCCUCCUUUGGCGACGAAGACGAAGACGAAGACGAGGAGGAGGACGACAUGGAGGAUGCCACCAUUCGACCACAAGAGAUCCCGCUGGAUAUGGACAUUCUCGCUGUCAAUCAGCUGCAUACGGUGUUGGCCAGUCACCCGGGCAUGAGCGCAGGCGCGCAGCGGAUGCGAGAUGUCGAAUGGCAACGAGCCAAAGUGUACCGUUUCCUCGUCGCGUGCAAGGGCAAUGUGCCGUUGGCGCACCGCAUGCUGGAAGCGCAUUUUGCGUGGCUCCAAAGCUACCACCCGGAGCGCAUCACCGAGGCGGAUUGUGCGAAUGAGCUGCGUGCCAACAAGCUCUAUUGGCACGGCUUUGACCGGUACGGCCACCCCUGUCUCUUGUUCAAGGCCAACCGGCAUUUUGUCUCCAAGCGCGACAAGUACGAGACCAUCCGCCAUUGGGUGUUGAUGGUCCAGGAUUUUGUUGAACAUCGCGCCAUCCAUCCAUUCCAGCAAUUUGUCUUCAUCUACGACCGUACUGGCGCGGGUCGUGCCAACUCGGACGUGCCCAUGCUGAAAAAGUUUGUGCGCAUGUUCCAGCAAAACUAUCCCGAGCUGCUGCAUUGCAUGUACGUGCUUAAUGCCGAUUUCGUCUUCCGCUACGGCUUUUCCGUUGUCAAGCGGUUUACGUCCAAGUCGUUCCGACGAAAGAUUAAGCUUCUCGGCGAGAACUGGAAGGACUUUGUGCUGCGCGACUUUGAGCCCCAAUGUCUCCAAGUCGAGUAUGGCGGAACGAGCCCACUCGUGUACAACUAUCAGGAUGGCCAAGCGGGUCCACGGCGGACUGGUUGGUGAUUGAUGAGUUUGAUUGUGAAGCUUGGCUUUUGUUCGUCC